CUCGUUUGUUUCUUCUGUGAUUAAUUUUAUAAUCAUAUUGAUAACGUGAUUUCAUAAUCUGUGCUAUACGUUUCAGGAUUACAUUAUCAUGGAUACGUAUGAUUCGAUUGAGAAUACUGUUGGUGGUGAAAAGGAAAAAAGUAACUGGACAUCGUUCCGGAGACAACUUUUUAUAACAAGUGGUGUUUGUUCAAUAUAUUUCGUUCUUGGAUUAUGCUACGGAAUACCCAAUGUCGUCAUACCGCAGUUGAGAAAGGAGGCUAAUUCAACUGAAGCAGUGUCAGAAGAAAUGGCAUCAUGGAUCACAUCAGUACACGGAUAUAGUGCGUUACCAUGGAUAUUAGUUUUACCUGUUAUGACCAGAUUGCUUGGAAGGAAAAUACCUUUUAUUUUAGUUUGUAUGAAUACACUUAUAGGAUACACGAUGUUCUAUUGCAGCAAUAAUGCAACGUUCGUUUUAAUUAGUGAAAUAAUGCAAGGUUCAUUGGCCGCUAGCAACAUGACCGUAUUAAUUUUGAUUGUUACCGAAUAUACAACCCCGAAGUACAGAGGUAUUUUUAUGACAGUGAAAUCGACGAUAUUUUUCUGGGGUGUUUGGAUCGCCAAUGCUACAGGCACAUUUUUUCAUUGGAAGAAAAUUGCUAUUUAUGCCUUAGUUUUCUCGAUAUACCCCUUUACUGUAUUUUUCUGGCCGGAAUCACCAUCAUGGCUCGCUAUGAAGGGAAAAUUCACAGAAUGCGCUGCAGCUCAUCAUUGGUUAAAAGGAUAUGGUAAUGAUUCGGAGAAGGAACUUGACAAUUUGAUAAAGGCCCAAAAAGAAUACUUAAAACAACGCAUGGGACGUAAUAGAACACUUCGGAGCAGAGUUAAAGGUUUUUUUGAAAAAAUGACCACGAAAGGGUUUUAUGCGCCUUUAUUGCUUUCUAUGUGUGUUAUGUCUCUCUACAAUUUUUCUGGAAAAUUUGUUUGUACGAUGUAUUCGAUUGAAUUAAUAAAAAAAAUCACAAACAGCGAGAGCACGGCUUAUUUAGGAAUGCUAAUAUUGGAAGCAGUUACAAUACUAAGUAUGCAUUUUGGGUCUGUUCUAUCCAGGUUCUUGAGAAGAAGAACUCUUUUGUUAGGAUCAUCUUUUUUAGGAAUAAUAUUUUUGUUGAUAUUAUCAAUGUAUUUGUAUUUAAUAUCAUUAAAGAUUAUAGACGAGAAUAAAGUUGUCUCCAUUUCUUUAUUAACUAUAUUUUCUAUGACUAUCAGUUGUGGACCAAUGAUUUUGGCUUGUUCUGUUUAUGGCGAAUUGACUCCUAUUAGGUUUAGGAGUUCUUCACUACCUCUCCUAGCGUUAUAUUCAGAGUUUUUGAUGGCUUCAGUUUUAAAAAUCUCUCCAUAUAUAUUCAAAGCUUUGAAAUUGCACGGAGCAUUUUUAUUUUACGGUCUAUCUGCUUCAGUGUUUGCGUUCAUUCUGUAUAAAUUUUUGCCGGAAACAAAAGACAAAACUUUGCAGGAAAUUGAAAAGUAUUUUCAAGAGACAAGCACAACCAAAGAUUUAUCUAAACAGCUAAUUGUUAAAUGAAUAAAGGUGCACGAAUUUU